AUGGAAAAGCUCAACCAGCCACUGCCUCAUUCCCGGUGUGUGGAAAGCUGUCCUCCCGGAUUCAGGAAAGUGGCUCAGGAGGGGAGGCCCAUCUGCUGCUACGACUGUUUUCCUUGUCCAGAAGGAACCAUCUCCACCCAGGAAGAUGCAGAAAAAUGCACCAAAUGUCCAGAAGAUCAACAUCCAAACACCAGUCGUGUUCACUGUAUUCCCAAGACCUUUAAUUGCCUUUCUUAUAAGGAAAAUGUGGGAAUCGUCUUGGCUUCCAUUGCCUUCUUCCUGUCUUUAACUACAGUCUUUGUCUUGGGAACCUUCCUUAAAUUCCUGGAAACACCAAUCGUCAAAGCCAACAACCGGGACAUCUCUUACGUCCUCCUUGCUUCCCUCCUGCUUGCCUUCUUAACCUCCUUCCUGUUCAUUGGCAGUCCAACGAAACCAACCUGCCUUCUGCGACAAACAGCCUUCAGCAUCGUCUUCUCAGCUGCCAUUUCUGCAGUCUUGGCCAAAACAGUCACAGUGGUGUUAGCCUUCUUGGCCACAAAACCAGGGAAUAAAGUGCAGAGGUGGCUGGGGAAGAGCUUGGCCAACUCCAUCAUCCUUUCUUGCUCUGCUGUCCAAGUUGUCAUUUGUAGCAUCUGGUUGGCAACUUUUCCCCCAUUCCCUGACUCUGAUAUGCAUUCCCAGUCUGGAGAGAUCAUCCUGAAAUGCAAUGAAGGCUCAAUUGUCAUGUUUUACAUUGCCCUUGGCUACAUGGGCUUCCUGGCUGCCAUCUGCUUCACAGUGGCUUUCCUGGCCAGGAACCUGCCUGGGGCCUUCAAUGAAGCCAAGCUGAUCACCUUCAGCAUGUUGGUCUUCUGCAGUGUUUGGAUCUCCUUUGUGCCCACCUACCUGAGCACCAAGGGGAAGUCCAUGGUGGCCGUGCAGGUCUUCUCCAUCUUGGCCUCUGGUGCUGGCCUGCUUGGCUUCAUUUUUUUCCCUAAAUGCUACAUUAUUUCCCUAAGACCAGAUCUGAAUACAAAAGAACAUGUGAUGUCAAAAUAAGAGUAA